AGUGUAAUUAUUUGGAUGGGUAGUGUACCUUUAAUAGCGCCUGAACAUUUUCUUAUAGGCUAUGCAUAUGAGCAUUAGAACGCUCACACUUAUUUCAAUGCAUGCAUCUAUUUUAGUGAUAGCAGUCAGGAUAUUUGGUGGAAAAAAUUUAUUGAGGAAAAAAAAAAUCGCUUAGAGCAGCUUUAAUAGCAGAUAGUCUUCUCCUCCCCGCUAACGUCACCCGCGCAGCCGUGGCGUCCCUCUGGAGCCAACAACAUGGAGUCGGAGCGACUGCACCGCUGAAGCUCAGCGCCUGAGCUUUCACUGAUCGGGCAAAAAAAAAAAAAAAAAAGGAACAAGAACAACACAAACGCGACAUAUUCAUGCAGUAAAGCUGCCGCGUGUAGACUCCAUACUUCAAGCCUGAAUCGGCAUGGAGAGGUCGGCGUGCGGCAUUCCGUAAAGCAGCGGGGCGGGCAGGCCGUUACGGGGAGGACAUCAUGUAGGUGAGUUCAGCAGGUUACACGGUGCAACACCGGAUCAUGGAACCUGACGUAGGUCCUCUUUCUAGUAUGGACCCCCAUGAUCCAACAUCCAUCCGGGAGCUCUCGGGAUCCCCCCCUCUACUCAGCAACAGCUCCAUGGCAGGAUUGUCUCAAGGUGGUGAUCUGGAGAGGGAUGAUGAAGAUGUAAACCUUCUCCACAAAACUGCAUUUUAUGGAAACAGCGAGAGAAAACAGAGAUCUUCAGCCUUCGCAUCUUCUCUAACAUUUGACUCGGACUCAGAGAAAGAAACAUUUGAUGAAGAAGAACUUCAGCAGUUUUCUAAUCCUCAUGGCCUUGCUGCUCACAGUCCAGGAAGUCCCACCUGUGAACAGGAGCAAGACAAACUUGAUUGUGGAGUUUACCGAACAGCUGAAAAGCCCAAGAAAAUAGUGUUAAACAAAAACCCGUCUAGUUCUUUGGACACACAAGGUCAGGACAGCGAUGCAUGCAGAGAUCCAGGGAUGAUACAGUUCAGCACUCAACAAGAUGUAGAAAACAAAUCAGGUGGAUGUAUUUCAGAUCAAGUUGGGCCACUUUUCUCAGACAUAAAACCAAAAGAGGGAUACCAAAAAGAGAAAGAUGACAAGGCAGGGAUUGAUCAGAAGAGGAAGGACAUUAAGCGUGCUCCUGAACGUGAUGUUUAUACCUUCCCUGGUGAUUCAGAUCCUGAAAGCCCACCACCAGGUCCUUGGGCACACUGUACCUUCAUCCAGCGCCGAAGAAAGAAGAGAGCAUUACUUAGACCUUUUUCUGGACUAAAUCCCUGGCAGUGCACACCAGGUACAGGCAGGAAGACCAGAGUGAACGCCUCCAGGGCAAAAGACUGCAGCAAAUUUGUGAAUGAUAAAGAAAGUGUGUUUGAGUUUAAGGAGGAAGAGGAGGAGAGGAUUCGAGGCAAGAAGCAGUCAGAAGAAGUUAGUGAAGAACUUUGCCAGGAGAUUUUCACCUGUGUCGAAUGUAGCAUAUACUUUAAAACAGCAGCGCACCUGAGGGAACACAUGCAAGAACAUUGUCAAGACAGUGGCACAAAGGAACAAUGUGGAGAAGAUAAUUCAAGAAGAAGGCGAGCCAAGAAGGGUGGCUUUGAGUGUAUGGAAUGUGGACAAAAUUUCACAGAGAGUUUGUUGCUGUUGGACCAUCAUAGGCGCCAUCAGGAGGCACGGCAAAAGAUCUUGGAGGAGAUGGGAAAGCUAAAAGAGGGAGGGAGGAGAGCAAGGCGCAAAAAUUCCCGGAAGCCUAAUGAGUCCAUGGCCAUUUGUGGACAGUUUGUUUGUCUCAAGUGCAACUUUAGCUCUGAUUUGCCUCAGGAGCUUGCAGAUCAUGCCAAGACACAUACAGCUCGGACCAGGGCUGGUGGGUCCCGUGUCUCACCCCGAUUCCAGCAUAAAUCUUACAGAAAAGGAUUGACACGGUAUUGUGGUAAUGUUGCAUCGACCACAGUGGUUAAUGAUAGAUACCCCACCAGAGCUUCUGUGCAAAUGGGAGCAUGUAAGCAUGAAGUUGACCAUUUGCAGGCCACUGACUGUGAUCCACAGAGUGAGAAUAAGACCGAUCAAUUUUCAGAACCUAGCCAGAACCACACUGUAUCUGCAAAUCCAGCAGAACCACCAGACAAGCCAGAAUUAGAAAGUGCUCAGACUGAAGCUGCUCCAAUUGCAAAUCCAAGCCUACAGGAGGAGUCUGGGUCUGCUGAGGAUGGGCUUGGAGAAGAGAAUGUAUCAAAGCUCCAAUCUCCUGAGUCUUUGGUUACAAACACAAAGGCUAAAACAAAGCAAAAGUAUGUUGUAUUCAAGGGCACAGGAAAUCGCCGCUCAAGACGAGCUGUGAGGCGUGUAGUAGGACGAAGACGAGCAAGUAGCAGACUGGAUCCCCCAUCAACUGAUACUAGUGAUACAAAAAUCCAUAUGCAAAACACAGAGGAGACCACAGAGCUGAGCCAAAGAGUUUCUGAAGUACCACAUCCCGAGGGUGAUUUAAUGCUGACCAACCAGACAACGGGAGUAGAAACAUCAGCUCUAGCUUUAGACCUAGACACCUCUACCCCACCAAAGGCUCCUGAGGACUCCAAAGAAGAGAAUGAAGAGAACACACCUGACAGUGAGAAGGAUGAAUGUAGCAAAAGCACCACUAAUGAAAAAAAUAAUGAUAAUAAUGAUGUUGAUGAGGAUGAAAAUGAUGGGGAAAAAGAUCAUGUCGAUGAAGAUGAUGGGGAUGUUGAUGAUGAUGGGGAUAAUAAUGUCAGUGACCAAGAAGCAGAUGAGGAUGUUGUCAACCAUCUUCUUGAGGUCUUAACUGAAGAGGAGGAUGAGGAAGAUGAAGAGGGCAUGUUAUUGAAGACUGUGGAAAAGAAAUGUCCCUACUGCCAAGACUGUUUUGAUAAUGGAAUUGGACUAGCCAAUCAUAUUAGGGGUCACCUAAACAGAGUUGGAGUCAGUUACAAGGUCCGACACUUCAUAUCUCCAGAAGAGGUUAAUGCCAUUGAGAAGAAGUUCUCCUACCAAAAAAAGAAGAAAAAAGUUGCAAACUUUGACCCAGCGACCUUCAGUGUGAUGCGCUGUGAGUUCUGUAGUGCUGGCUUUGACACCAGGGCUGGCCUUUCCAGUCAUGCUCGGGCACACCUACGAGAUUUUGGCAUCACCAACUGGGAGGUCACAGCUUCGCCCAUUAACGUCCUCCGUGAGCUCUUUUCUAAGCGUCCUGAACUUGCUUUAUCCAUUACCCCUGCUUCUAACUCUGAGACACCAAACAAGAAACAAUGCAAAGAAGAAGAAGAAGAGUCUUUGUUAAUAAAUGAUGAAGAAAAUGGAACUUCAGAACUUGGGCUACAAAUGCCUGCAUCUCCAACUCAGCCAUGGAGAGAAAGCCAGAAUGAAGGUGAAGCUGACGGUGGGAACAACAAGGGGGUGGGUGAUGAAAGAAUGCCACUGCGGGAUGAUUUUAGCUCCAGCCCAGAAUCAAACAGCUCAGCUGCUGCAGAAGACACUAACCCAAAAGGCUCCAGUUUGCUAAAAUGCGAGGUUUGCUGUGCUCUGUUUGAGACACGUCGCGGUCUAUCCAGCCAUGCCCGAUCUCAUCUGCGGCAACUAGGCGUGGGGGUAUCUGAAAGCAGUGGAGCACCCAUAGAUCUCCUCUACCAGAUAACGAAGGAGCGGUCCACUGACUCCCACUUACCUGCCUCACCCCGAUUGCACUCACCAACACCAUCACCCAAAAAUGAUUUCUGCAUUCCGAUGCCAAGCCCCAGCAGGAGCACAGAGUUUGAAGAUGAACCAGAAGAUAUUAAGCCCUUCUCACUUCUACAUAGUGUAGCAAAAUCUCCUCCUUCCCCAAGCAGCCCCUCACCAUCUGGCUUUCAAACAUCGUCUCCAUUUGGGAGAUCUCCGUCCCCCUCACAUUCUCUGUCUGCCUCCCCUUCCCCAGUGCUAAGGAAGGCCCCAAUCUCCUCAUUGCUGCCUGUGUCUUCCCCACUGCGCUCCCAUGAGCACAGGACUAUGUCAAGGGCCCACAAUUCAGCCUUGUCCACUGCUGCAUCAAGACCACUCUGGGCACCACAAGAAACAGAGGCUCCCCUGAAUCUCACAAUGGACAUGGAUUCUAACACAGACAUAAUAUGCAAGCUAUGCGGUGCCUGGUUUGAAACACGCAAAGGCCUCUCGAGUCACGCACGAGCCCAUCUGCGUCACUUUGGAGUUGAAUACAGUGAAUCCAAGGGGUCCCCCAUUGACCUGCUCAACACACUCAUCCUCACUGAUGACUUUAAACGUAGAGCUACCUCUUUUCGCUCUGACAGCCCAGAGGACCUAAGGGUCCAUGGACACAGCAUGGCUUCUUUAUCUCCCUCUACAUCCACUGCUACUGCUACUUCCAAGAGGCCUUUCCCCUCCAAUUCUUUCUUGUUAAAGAAGUCAUCAUUUAAAAGUGGUGUUGGCUCCAAAGCUACCUCCUCAUCUUCUUCUUCCUCCACUCACACCAUGCUUAGUCCACCCACCAAGAAGCUGAAAACUUCACAGCAGGUCUUCCGUUUGAGUGGCAGGGAGAUGAUGUCCAUCCCACUAGCUGAACCAAUGAAAGAUGUGUGUUGUGAGUUUUGUGGUGAGCUUUUUGAGAACCGCAAAGGCCUUUCAAGUCAUGCUCGUUCCCACUUGCGUCAGCUGGGCAUCACUGAAUGGUCUGUGAAUGGCUCGCCAAUCGACACUCUACGAGACCUCAUAACUCGACGAGGUUUGCCAUGUGUCAUGCCUCUGAAAACUUUAAAAUCAUCCUCAUCCUCUUCAAGCCCAGGACCUCCUCGGACCUUACAUCAGUAUUCUUCCCCUCCAGGAGGUGUCCUUGGCCGUCAGACUUUCUCUUUAAAUCAGCACCAGUCUGCAAAGAUGGCAGUAUCUGCACCUGUCACCAGCACCUCCCUAGCAGUGCAAAUGGUUAAGCCCAAACCAGAACCUGAGCAGGUAGAAAUUAUGGUGACUGGAGGAGAGCGUGAUGCUUAUAGCUCUGAGUCACUGCAUCCAAGCUGGAUGCGCUCAGAUAAUACGCAUUCCAUCAACCAAUUAAUGACCCAGGAGAGGGAACCAUCCCGUGAUAUCCGUUGCGAGUUCUGUGGUGAGUUUUUUGAGAAUCGCAAAGGUCUGUCCAGCCAUGCUCGCUCACACUUACGCCACAUGGGUAUCACUGAGUGGUCUGUCAAUGGCUCGCCUAUCGACACGCUGUGGGAGAUUAUGCGGAAUCAGGGCAACACAUCAGCAUCUGUUGUGUUAGGUGUAAAAGAGGAACCAGGGCAGGAAAGAACCUCACCCUGGGAUAGUCAAGGGUAUCAUUCAUCACGAUUCUCACCAAAGGCAUCCGUUAACCUGCUCCACUCCAGCCCACGCCAUCAUAAGCAUGGAUUUAGGCUAACAGGACUGUCCAAUACCCCUCCAGCAGGAAAGUUUCUUGGUAUGAAACCGACAGGAAAAAGGUUGCUGGGAAAUGAAGGACACCUUAGCCAAAGGUCAACCACAACCCAGUCAAAAACCUUUUCACCCCCACCACAGGACUUCUCUUUUAAAGGAAGGAUGUCUACAGAGAAGUAUGGGGUAGGCCGCAUGGAUGCUAGCUGUGAGUUGUGUGGUUUUGCCUUCGAGAACCGGAAGGCUUUGGCCAGCCAUGCUCGGGCUCAUUUACGACAGUUUGGUGUGACAGAAUGGUCUGUGAACGGUUCACCCAUCGAGACACUGAGUGCCUGGAUGCGCAGCCGGCCACAAACAGUGGCUGAGCUACAUCGUAGCUACCUACUAGAUGGGCACAUUGUCCAAAAGAAGAAGCAGUCAGCAGCUGGGCAGUGGGCAUCUUUAACACUGUCGCAUGGCAGGACUGUUGAACGGCAGAUCAUGAGCAGCUCAUGGAGUUCUUUAUCACGGACAGAAGAGGUAAAAAAUCGAAAUGGCACCUCUUUUCACUCUGGCAUCAGUACCCAAGAGAGGGGACAUCACUCUAGCAAUGCAAUUCCGCAUGCGCAGGUCGCGCGAAGUGAACUUAAUGUCCGGGUGACACGAGGCAUUGAACGACGACCCCUGAAACAUCCAUCACAUGCUGAUGGAGGGGAGAGAGAAAGCUGUCCUCCCAAACCCCCUCGCACUAGUACUGUUCCUGCCCUCGUGCCAAAGCCCCCUUCCACCCCUCUGGUCAAACUUGUUGGUAAAAUCUACUCCCUGAAGUGCCGGUUUUGCGAUGUGGAGUUUCAUGGCCCCUUGUCAGUGCAAGAGGACUGGAUAAGGCACCUCCAGCAGCACAUUCUGAAACUUGAUUACCACAAGCCAGCUCCCAGUGCAACCAACACUCCAGCCAAAUCUGACAUGGCUGUUCCUGAAAUACAUGCCUCAGCUACUACCUCCACUUCUACUACAGCUACUACAGCUCCUACUCCCACCUCAGCCACAAGUCUUAACCCCAAAUCUGUUUCUACACCAUGCCCACCAGUUUCUCUUGGUACACCCACUUCAACCCCAACCUUGACAGCUCCCACACUUGCCAUCCCUGAAAUUCCAACCAAGGCUGAGCAGGAAGUUGACACUCCUGCCACAUAAUUCUUUAGUCUUUGUUUUUGCUUUCAUGUUCCUUAAAUAUGUUUGUACCUCCUUUUGUUAUUAAAAACAGGCAUUUGGAAAAGCAUUGCCAACUACCCAUGAAUUUCUUUUAUCCAGUAAGUCACACAAAAGUAAAAGGAGAUAGAACUGUUGCUAUUUCAGUUUGGGCUUUGCUGGCCAACGUUUGUUUGACAUUUGUUUGUGGAAUAAGGUGUUAACAAGUUAGUGGUGCUUAUAGAAGUAUGUGGAUGUGUAGUGUAACUAACUUGCUGACUGUGUAUUUUUUUUUUUUUAAAGCUUAGUUGGAUUUUAAGAGCAUAUGAAAAUUUUUCUUUGUACUGGACAUGGAAAGUCUACCUAGUAUUUGCUAAUGAAAGGCACAAUCAAAAUAGAAACACAUUUUUGUGUCCAUCCGAAAUUGUUGUAGCACUUUCUUGUAAUGCCUUUUCCCCCAAAACACGUAUACACUAAGCCUUUAACCCUCUCAAAAUAAGCUUGUCAUGACAGACGUCUAUUUGACGGUUAACACAAUUGUGCCAUAAUAAAGUAUGAGCUGUUGUUGCUUAUAUGCCCUUGCUCAAAAUUUAAUAAUGCACCAUACAUGUUCUCAUUUGUAAUCUAAUGUAUGUCAAUAUUUUCUCAUAUUUUUCACAGUAAAUAUGUUGGAUUUUUCUUUUA